AUGCCUAGAGGAAAACAGCCCCGGAACUCCCAGAUCACAUCCGCCCAGGGGACCAAUACAACCGGUCCUGCUAGCGUCAGAGAUUGGAUCUACCAUGAAGAGGGCCUCUACGAGUUCAAUCAAGAUGAAAAUGACAACAAUAAUGAAGCAGAAGUUGUAGUCAUAUCAUGA